AUGAUGAGCAGCGUGCCCGCGGUGCAGCCCCCGAAGGUGCUGUCGGGGGCCCCUCCCCCGGCGCCCCCGGUGCCCCCGGCGGGCCCCCCCAAGGUGCUGGCGAGCCCCGGCAAGCCGGUGGCGGUGGCGGUGCCGAGCGCCAACCACACGUCGGCGGCCCUGCCCCUGAGCCUGGUGCAGGAGCACAAGGUGAACGCCAGCGUGGCCCCCGUGGCGGUCCCCAAGCCCACCGCCAACGGCAUGGAGGGCCCGCCGGAGCCCAAGCAGUCGGAGGAGCCGGCCGCUCCCGUCGCCGUGGUGAACCACGCCCCCGAGACCCCGCAGCCGGCCCCGGCCCCGGCCCCGGCCCCGGCCCCGGCCCCAUCUCCGGCUCCCAGCGUCUCGCCGGUCGCCCCGCCGCCGCAGCCCAGCCCGCCUGCCGCAGCAGUGGUGCUGCCGAGCGCGCCGAAGCCCGCCCAGGCGCCGCCCCCCUCGCUGGCCAAGCCCCCCGCGCCCCCCGCGCCGGAGCACCAGCACCCCCCGCUCCACAAGCCCGUGCUGGAGGUGAAGCGAGCCCUCGAGCCCCCGCCCAAGCCGGAGUUCAAGGUCGCCACUCCUCCGCGCAACAACAAGCGCAAGAGAGACCUCAAGCCGGCGGUGGAGAUGAAGACUCCCCCGUCGCAGAGUGACGAGCGCAAGUCGAAGCGAGUGCGCACGCGCACCCAGCCGUACCAGAGCCCCCUGCCCGAGCUACUGUUCAUCUCCAAGUUGAAGACGCCCGUCAAGUCCCCGGACGACAAGCUGAUCGUCUUCUACAAGAAUGAAUUCCUGGCAGUGCGAAAUGCAGAGGGCAGCUUCUACGUCUGCCAGGCCAUGCAGAACAUUUACAAGACCAGUCCAAAAAUAAGAAUACGAUGGUUGUCGCAAGAGAAGAAGGAGAACAAACUGACAGACGUCUACGUGCCAGAUUUCUACGACACUACAGACUUUGAUUGCAUCCUGACAAACUUGGACCUGAAACGUGUGGACAAGAACCGCUACCAGCUGCCGGAGUCGGAACACGAGCGCACCGAGAGCAUCCUGAAGAGGGCCCUGGAUGUCGAGAAGGGUGUGUCGGAGAAGCCGUCGGUUACGGAGGAGCAUCCUGAUGGUUUGGAUCUGUCCCUGUUCCGCGACGAGGCUCAGCUGAAGACGAGGAGGAACUCGAAGCAGUCGACGAAGCGGAAGAAGGCCAAGGGGAAGGAGAACUCGGAGAUGCAGGCGGAGAGCUCGGGCUCGGAGCGCAAGUCGCCGAGGAAAGCUGGGAGGACAAAGUUGCGGGAGCGGCCGGGUGCGUGGGAAGAGAAGAAGGUGGAGGGAGGCGGGCGAGACCGUGCGGCAGCGGCCAAGCGACGCAGCGAGGUGGCGGCGGCCCUGGCGAAGCAGGCUGCAAUGAAGCAGACGGUGGCCCGAGGGGCUCUGCCCAAACCCCCUCCCCCGAAGAAGGCGAGGGCGUCGCCCCCACAGUCGACACCCACCCCGGCUGCUGCUCCCUCCCCGACCAAGUCUCCCAGGAAGGAGCAUGUGCCCGAGCCACCCAGCCCCACACGCAGCUCCAAGACCAGAAGUGGCAAGGGCGCGGCUACCCCGCCAAAGACUCCGUCGGCGACGCGGACCAAGGAGCACGAGCGUCGGGGGGCAGUGUCCCCGGCGGCGGCUAAAGGUCGCAAGAAACCGGGCAAGAAGGCCUAGAGGCGCGGUGAGUGCCUGGCUCGCCGAACACAGUUCACAUAGAGUAAACCAAGAAAGCCUGCCGCCACUUUGUACCUGUGUCCCGCGUGCUGCAACAGGUCUGUCGAAGGAGAGGGAACGUCCGGGGACGGUCGGGAAGUGACGGAUUGACGAUUUUCUGCAUUGUGAGGCGUGUUGACGCGACGAAAACAUUCGGGGUUAUUUUAUGUACUUUUUGAGAAAAUCGGUAUCAGGAACCUUUUUCUCGGACUGGAGAAAUAAGUAUAAUAGAGAGAAUUAUAUGUAUAUGUGGACGGCUCCAAGCCGUCGGAGGGCGCGGCGUCGGAGCGACUGUUCGCUGCGUCCCGCGUGUUCCCCAGUCGACCCGGCAAGCAUGUUUGGUGUGCGUGCAGUUUUAUCGAGGUUUGCCGCGCUGGUCUUUUUUUAUCUGCAGAUUGGAGUUCAGAUUGUAUAACUUGUUCUUUUUGCGGUUUUAAUUUUUGUGACUUAACAUUUUUACUGUCAACUUUUACGACUCAUGUUCAUCCCCGUGUACCUGUCUGUACUGCCUGUUAAGUUGAGGAAUAUGUAGGUGUGAUCAUUUAUUCAUGGUUUCGUUUUGACUGGUUCACGAAUCAUGGUAAAGAUUUUUCUCGGUUGCUCAUUUGCAAACCCAUCAAACACUAUUAAUAAUACAUUUGCUGAAAAUGCAUGGACAAAUUUGAUCAGUUUUUAUCACUGUAGUUAUUAUGUGUUCAUCUGAAACAUCUUCUGUUGUUGAAUGUGUAAGCGUUUCAAGUGGUGGCUGCUGUUGAAAAUGUUUUGUGUGCAGAAUUUUUGUCAAUUUAACAACAAAUUUAGUACUAUUUUAGUAUUUUAUUUUUAAUUUUUGCACAUCUGAAUUCGCAAAGCACCUGGCAGUAGUAAAAAUGUUAUAUAUAUAUAUACACAUAUAUAUUUCUAUGAAACUAAUUAAUGAAGCAAUCCAUCACAUGUUAAUGAGAGUACCAAGUUUUCACAUGGACAUCAUUGGCAGGUUUUCCAUGUUUUUUUUACUGAGGUCAGAAAAUGCAGUUAUUUAUAUAAACAGAUUAUCUAGUUUGUUCAAUUGUAGACUAAGUUACACAGUUUUUAUGUUUUUUUGUGAAUAGUAAUUAUUGACUUUUAAGAUAGCUGUAACAGAGGUUAAAUGAAUUUAUAAAGCACUAUUCUGUAUAUGAAUGAAACUAAAAUGGAGGUGGCACUUACUGAGUGUAUUUUUUCAAUUUUCAAUUAUGUAUGUGUUGUAAUUUUUGUUUUUUAAUUGUGUAUAUUUGGGAGAGAUAUUUUAUUGCAGUUUAUAUAGGUAAUAUGUCUUGCAGGAUACAUUUUAGAGAAUGGAUGAGCUAUACUUGGUGUGCAUAUGAAACUCGCACAUUUCACGACGUCUUGGUUCUGGGGUACAGUAAGGUUGCCGGGCCUGCUCCCGGUCUGACCAGCACUUUGUUCUUCACACCUUUAGCAUGUACUCUAGCUAGAGAUCUGAGUUGACACAGACAUUGUAGAAUGUGCCAUGUUUCGUAAAUAAAUCAUUUUGGAAAUGGUACCUCUCA